AUGACAUCAUAUCGUGACACAUUAGAUGCGAUCGACAGUGCACGUGAUCACGCACCGUGCGGUCCGUGCCAGCACGACGCCGGUCGUGGUGACAUUGGCUCACGGAAAACCGCCAAGAGUGUUGACGCUUUUGUAAGACUGACCAGCGCACAAUUACAACAACAACAACAGCAGCAAGAACAGCGACGAGCCCAACAGCAGCAAGAGGAAGCUCGUCGCUAUGAGGAAUACCGUAGGACAAUCUCAAGGCCAACCUUCUCAGUGCCAGCGGAUCAAAAUAGACAAUGGCCACAGCAGAGUUACGAUAGGCAAAAGCAGUAUCCGCAGAUGCAGACUCAACAACAACAGCAACAAAGCCGUGAAAGAGUGCAAUACUAUCAGCCAACAACGACAACAACAUCUUUUCCAUAUUGGGAACGUCGAGAUAAUAUCGUACACCCACAGACAGGGAACUACCGUACCCCUGGUGAUGUGCGGCAGAGACAGGACGAGCAA